GGAUAUAUUGUGUGGAGUACGCUAUAGCAGGCUGGGUAGUACUCCGUGUAUCAGGGGCGAAGGUACUCCAGAGAAGGACUUUUGCCCACGGAGGGACACUAAAGCAAGUUUAACCAUCCACGACAGAAGGAAAUAAAACUAAUAACAAACCAGACACACAAUGUCUUCACAAAACAAAGACGAAGGUGGAUGGGCGAAGUCUGUGUGGGAUUCAGAGAGAAAGGAAUUUCUCGGACGCACCGGUACUAGUUGGUUUAAAAUCAUUGGAUUCUACAUCAUCUUCUAUUCAUUCCUAGCCGGUAUAUUCGUUGGCACAAUCCAGGCUUUGCUGCUUACCCUCAGCGCCUACAAACCCACUUGGCAAGACAGAGUCUCACCCCCAGGAUUGUCACACUCACCUCGUUCAGAGAAAUCCGAACUGUCCUUUAAUUUGAAUGAUGUGGAGACAUACUUGAAAUAUGCCAAGGCCAUGAGGGACUUCUUGGAGCCCUACCAUGAGGAGAAGCAAAAGGAUCAGUUGAAGUAUGAGGACUGUGGAGGCUCACCUGAAGAGUACAAGAAUCGGGGUGACCUUGAGAGUGACAUUGGCACCAGAAGAGCCUGCCGCUUUGAGCGGUCAAUUCUUGGGCCAUGCUCUGGAAUCAGCGACCGCGAGUUUGGCUACAAGGAGGGAAAGCCUUGCGUGAUUGUCAAGCUGAACAGAAUUGUGAAUUUCCGACCAAAGCCUCCAACCUCCAAUGAAAGUAUCCCGGAGGAAGCCCAGUAUAAAGUUCAACCCAAUGUGAUCCCACUCUUCUGCACCCAUAAGAGGGAAGAAGACGCUGGCAAAGUUGGUGAGAUCAAGUACUUCGGCAUUGGUAGCGGUUUCCCCACGCAGUACUAUCCGUACUACGGCAAGGCACUGCACCCCCAGUACCUCCAGCCACUGGUGGCCCUCCAGUUCGUCAACCUCACCUUCAACGAGGAGCUGCGCAUUGAGUGCAAAGUGUAUGGAGACAACAUUGAUUACAGUGAAAAGGACCGUUAUCAGGGACGCUUUGACAUUAAGUUCAUGGUCACCAAUUUAUGACCUCAGCAAUGACACGCUCAAUAGGCAUUUCUUCUCUGACCUCUCCUCCUUUCACGCCUCCAUCUAAAAACAAACUAAAGUAAUUUAGGAGAAGACAAAAAAAACAUGAGAUGACAUCAGAAACAAAACUUGGUCUCGAACAAAAAAAAAAAACAUUGCCACAUAUAGGACCUACACUUAACCUGUACGCUUUCCACUAGCUUUUCUGCUUCUGUCUAGGGUUAGAUCGCAAAACUUCGGGAGGAUUAGCAAUAGCAUAAAAGUAUGUACUCUUCUAUAAAGGUGAGUAGUCUUUGAGCCACAUGACAUAUCCAGUUAUUCCUGUAAAUGAAAAUUCCACUACUGAUGUAGCGAUGCAGUGUUUUUGUCCCUUUUAAGUAAUGUGUGGUUUAAUCGAUUUUCUUUUUCUUAUUGGAUUGUACAGUAGUUACAUGUUGGUAUGUGCUUUUUUUUCAAAGCCAUGUUGUAAUCUUUUCUUUUUUUUCUCUUAUGUGAGCAAGCUUUAGAAGUCAAAGAUGUCUAUAUCUAUGUAUGUAUGCUUGCUUACUGAAAAUUCGGGUACGCUACACUCUGAUCUCUUAAGGUCUGUGUGUGUGUGUGUAUGCGCGUGCGCACGCGCAAGUUGGGUGGCUGCACUCCCUAAAGAUUCCUUUUUGUUCUUGUUUUUAUUUUCUUCUGGUCACUACUUUGUAUUCUUUCCUUAAGUAUGAUUGUGGGAGAAUUUUUUUACUACACCUAAUUAAUUUCUUUUUUUCAUAGAAUCACCCAUACAAGGGAAAAGGGGCAUAAUCAUAUUUUUCUCUUUUUUUUUUUUGAUCAGAUAAUUCUUUUCUCUUUCUUCCAGUCUCUUACACUUUUGCCUUUUCUAGGGGUAAUGGUGCUGACUCCAGUGCUUUUAAAAGAAGAAAUUCUCCUUUUAGUGGAUGCAUCACAUGAUGUGGUGGUACUUUUAUAAUGAUUUUUGGGGGUUUUGUUUUGCCAUUUGCAUGGUGGGACAAUUUUACAUUUCUGCAGUUUUACAUCGUGUCAUGUCUAAUUCCAAUACCAAAGUCACUGUGGGAGGAACAGUAGAAAUGUAUCAGAAAGAUUGCAGUGCCCCAUAGUCAACGAUAUUUUUGUCGAUGUUGAGUGCUCAUUGAAUGUCCAACGUCAGCCCAACACCAGAGGUCAAAUGUGCAACUAUCAAGUCCAUUGAAUAAUUUAUUUAAUCCAGAUAAACAUUAACAUGAAUAAAGUGGAGAAACUAUG